AUGAGGUGCUUAGGAUCUCGCUACAAGAUGAGCAACGGUUGUGGUCACUCUUUGUCUUCCCAAACUCUACCUGCAAAUAUGGCGAUUCAAUUGAGCAAAAAACGAAAGAUUAUCGCCAACCAUAUUGAUGCUUUAAUCGAUGAAGGAUCCGAGUCUUUCUCAUGUUAUCCGCACAGGCAUAUUCAAACCUUUGGACCAUCGUCAACAAUUUGCAAUAAUUUGUUUGAUGGUAUACCAUUUAAUUUGGGUUCUUCUCAGUUUUUCCUGAACAACAGACACUUGUGCCUAUCGACGUGUCAAGGGAAGGGGACGCAGGUGUUGAGGUCCACUGCCUCCGCCACAACCUUCGAUGGUUGCAGUUGGUUUUAGGUGAUGUGGAGGAAUUGCUGUAAGAUUAGAUUUCAAGCUUUUUCAACAAAUGUCGAUUUUUUCACAUAUGAAUAUCGUUUUAAUGCCCUUCUGUUUCAAUAAGCUUCGAUUGCAGGAUACUCUUACAAUCAAACCUCCCAAAAAAAACUUCAUUGGUGCUGAGAUUAAUGCUGUCAACAUUCGCACGGCUAUGUGAUAUUUAUAUAUGUUUCAUUUGCAAAAAGACAAAAUAUGUGUAAAUAUUAAGAAUAACAAAGUACUUUCUUUACAAUAACCC